GCAAAUUCUACGUUUCAGAAGAAGAAGGCCAUCUCAGAAAGAAGCUCAGGGCGUCUUCCUGAGCUAGUGUCAUCGUAUAUAUUCAAUUUAUCAAAGAGAAAGUAGACAAUAUGGCUGCUACCUAGCUGGUUCAUGUCGGAUGCUGGCAAUGUGCCAAUAGAGGCAACUCUGCUAGGAUCGACGGAGAACAUAUAUUGUUAUACAGCUUUAUUCUGAAGCUAGCAAAGGAAGUCAAUAACUUCACAAUGGCAUCUCCUGGUAAUGAAAGUGAUGACUUGAGUAAACUGUCGGAAUCUUUGGGUGGCCCAAAACAUGAAACUGGAACGAUAGAUCAGAAAAGACAACGAUCUUUGUCACUUCCGACAGUUCAAGGUUCAGAAUCAGGAAGAAUUCAAAGACAAGCAUCACAAAGACAGACUGUAAAUGUUUUUGAUGGAGAGGAUACUGCUGUGGAUACCAACAGAGCUAAGGCUGAUCAGACCUCUAACAGAACUCGGGAUGGUAAUGCUGCAGUGCAUUCAAGUUGUAUGACUGCAACUGAAAAGACAAAUACAUUGCCCAGUAAUGAGGAUCACAACAUGGAGGAUGUAAAAAAACUGCCUCUUGAUGAUUCAGACACAGAAGGAGAAGACAUUUGUGUGCAUGUAUGUUUUGAGGCAGAAGUCUAUGAUUCAAGGAAAAGUCAAAGUGAGCCACCAGUGAAAGCAAACAGUAAAAAGUCCCUUAAACUUAAUGCAUAUCAGUGGAAAUAUCUGAAAUCUCAAACCAGACUUUGGACCAUAGUAGAAAAAGAGAUUAGUUGUGAACGCUUAAUGGCCUGUAUUGGGAAUAUUACAGAGCAUGAGCAUAAUCAAAUUGAAGUUUUCUUUCACAGAAAUAGGGGGAAACCACUUUCCUCUGUCGAAUUUUGGGUAUGGAUACAACAUGUCUGUGAAAUCUUUGAUAGAUAUGCUAGUUUCAUACUCUGGGAGAGACUCUAUGUCAAUGAGAAAACAUUCGAUGAUGCAAGGCAAAAACUUUCUGAAGAUCCUUUGGUUGGCUUAUAUGCCAAAUUCAUAGCAGAAAUGAAUGAUAGUUCUAUUGUUAUUGUCACUGAUAAAGAAAAUCAAGAAAAGGUGUUUAGUACGGCAAAUUUGGAACUGAGAGAUUUUAUCCGUGGUACAUCACAAAAUGCUGCAGUGAAAGGGAAUGGGGAUAAGGGCAGCAAAGUUCCAGAUCCAACAAACCCAGAGGCAAGAGUAGAUGUCACAGAACAACCAGAAGAAGAUUCAACUGGGAACCAGGAGCAACAUGGCUCAGACACUCAAGUUUCGGCUAAUCAAAGAUACAAGGCAAACACACCAUCCCAACCUUUGAAAGAUGGAUCGAAAAGUAAUAUGAGUGGCAAUGUUGUGAGUGCUGAGAAAGGACUUGAAGAUAGCACAUCCCCUCCCGCUUCUCAUCAAUUAGAAAAAGGCACAGGCAAGCACAGUAGCGUCAAGAUUGCAUUGAUCAUAGAUGUAGAUUGGUUAGCCAAAUGUAAAAUGUAUCCAACAUGGAAAAAUGUUACCUUUAACCUGGACAAAAUGACUGAACACAUAGUAAUGGCUGAUCAAAGAUUGAUCAUUUGUACAGGAAAAAAUGAUUGUGUUCAGGCUUUUAUCAGUAAAGUAACUGAUAUACUAUCGAAAAAGCCAGUCAUUCUAGAAGAAUUGGCCAGUCACAACCCAGCCACAAAAGGUUUGACCCUGCCAGAGAAAAAUCUCCAUCUUCUCUUGACAAAUUCAGAAGUCCAGAGCCAAGUUUCUAAACAAUUGUUGGCUGCCAACAUUGUGUGUAGCAUUGAAAAAAAACAGCUACAAAUUUGGCAUAAACUGCAUGGAAACCCUGCAGUAGCUGAGGACAUUAUUUCAAGGGCUAUCAGACAUGUGGUUGUCCCUCUUCAACCCUGUCAGAAGGCACAGUUUCAGGGUUUAAAGGAGUUCAUUGAGGCACAUUCUCGAGUAGUUGAAGUCUAUCAACAUGAAGGUAAUGCAUGGGUAGCAUUUUCCUCACCUGAAACUCCUGACUCCAUUAAAAGCAGAAUAAAAGAAUAUGAAGAAACACAUCUCAUAGAAGAGCAGUUCAUAUCAGUGCCUGAGGAUGAAUAUCAAUUCCAUACAUCUUAUGGUCAAGAGGCCUUCAAAUUGUUGACAACCAAUGAGAAUGCUGUUGUUACACUCAGGAAAUAUGAUCAAAGUUGUGGAUUUCACAUAAGUGGGCCAAGAGAAGCAAUUUUAAGGGCAAAAGAUGCUAUCAAGAAAAUUACACCAGCCAAAAAUGCUUUCCCUGUUGAUCAUGUUCAUCUUGAAUGGUUGAGGUCUUCACAUGGCAAAGAAUUCAUGCAACAUAUCCAGGCUACAAAGAAGUGCAUCAUUACAACUAAGGACAGCAUAGAUAGUACCUUUGAAAUUGCGGAUGUCCCCAAAGUGAUUCAAAGCUAUUCUCCUGGUUCAGGUGCCACUGAAAAACAUGCAAGACUUGCAACAGGAGACAUCAGAAAUUGGCAGCCAGAUGUGAUUGCUAUCCCUGUGUGGGGUGAGAGAAAUGCAAAUAAAGCAUCACUUGAAGCAGUUCUUCAAAAGAAUGGGAUUGAUGUUGAUUUGGAUGCUAUUCUCAAGGAAUUUUCAAGUCUGAGUUUUGCCAGAGACUACUUGGUGUAUUUAUCUGAUGCAAAGAUCGAUGAAGCAGCUGUUGUGAUAGCAUUUGUUUUGAUGCCUCCUGGAUGGGGAAACAAUGAAGACAAAGAAAGACACAAGAUAUCAACAGCAACAUCUGACUUGCUGAAGGAAGUGUACAAGCGAUAUGGCAGAAAAAGGGUUGUCCUCAGUUUGAAAGACAUAUAUGACAAUGCAACAGAGAAAGGUGUGAAAUCUGUGUUGUGGGCUGUCACUGAUGUUUUCCAAAAGGAAGAGAAACUAUCUGUCGAUUUGUUCCUUUUGACAGAAGACCUUGAAUUGGCUGCUAACCUGAGAUCAGUGUUUAUGAAAGCAAUGGGAUCACGAGGCAGUACAUCACAAGAUGAAAAGAGGAAAAGGGUCAUACUGUCAAUAGGAAAGUUGGCCAAAACAAAGGUUGACGUGUUGGUCAAUACUUCAGGGCAAAGUCUGGAUUUAAGUCAAGGAGCGGUGUCUCAGUCUUUACUGAAGGAGGCAGGGAAGGAAAUUCAGAAGGAAUGCAACAAAAAAUAUCCUUCAGGAAUACAACUUGGAGAAAUUGCUGAGACGGAUACAGGCAAUAUCAAACAUUGCAAAGCAAUUUAUCAUGGAGCACUGCCAUUCAAUGAUAAAACAAGGACUGAAGAAGCCAUGGAGAAGUACCUUCUUAACUUUGUGUACAUGUGCCUUCAAAGAGCAUCAGAGGCAGGCCACAGUUCAAUUGCUUUCCCAGCUGUUGGCGCAGGGAAGCUAGAAUACCCAGCUAAUAUAGUCUCCAAGGCUAUGUUUAAUGCUGUUGAGACAUUCUACACCUCCAAACCAGCCUCAGAGCUUGGUGUUGUGUUUGUGCUGUUUGAAGGCAACAGAGACGUCAUUCAGCAUUUCUAUGCAGAAGAAGUUGCAAGGGACUAUGAAGUAACUGGUAGAGGUGGCAAAUGCAAUGUGCUAAGAUACACACUCAAAGAGGAACUUUUGUUACAAAUAAUCCAAGGAGACCUCAGAGACUAUAAGGGAACAGAUGAGGUCUACCUCUGUCUUGAAGGAGACAAAGCAUUGGAUUAUCUGAACAAAUUUCAAAUGUCCAUGUCUGAAGCAGGUAGAGUUACACAUGAAUUAACACACAGCAAGUCUUCCAGAAUAAGCUCUCAUUCACUGGGUGCAAGUCCUUUGCUUGUUCAUGUCUACCACAGAGAUAAAAUCUUUGAGACUUUGAAGAGGAUUCUGAAGAGGAACCAGGGAAAUAUGGGCAUACAAGUCAUCAUUCCUUCCACUGGCUUAGGAGGUUUUGCAUCACAACUCAACCGGUUUCUCCAAGACACAAAGAAAUUUGAUGGCCGUCUGUGUACUAUGACAGUGGUAGUUCAGUCAGAAUCAAUUUUUCAGGAGUUUAGUGACCUGCCAAAGGCCAGUUCAUGGUGGCUGAGCUGGUUCCACAGCCCUGUGAUACCAGAAAAGAUCCCAAGAACAUCAGAACACACAGUUGGGGCCAUCAAGAUAGUUGCUUCAGAAGAGGAAGCCAUUACACAGGCAUAUGAAACAGUCAUGAAAAAGAUUUCUGAAACACUAUAUGCUGCAGGAAAGAGUGAUGUCCUUUCAAGCAACAUAGAGGACGAAUACGUGAAUGUUAACGCUGAUGACAUGAACAGCUUGGAUGUAAAUGAACCAAAAAAUGAAGCAAGUGCAUGUUUAUUCAUUCCGUCUCAGACAAAUUCUCAUGAUGUACUGUUGACACUGAAUGAGAAACAAAUAUGCUCUAAAGGAUUCCUGAAGCCCAACCUCAACUAUCAUCCUAACCAUGAAGUCAUAGUUUUUUUUUCUCCAAAAGAUGCGGCUUUGGCAAAGCAAGCAUUGGCCGAAUAUCGAGCAGAGAGACUUCCCACAAAUUUAUCAAGGAGAGCUACUCUUGAAAUAACGCCAGAGGAAAGAGAUCAGAUCAAUGAGAAAGAAUUCAAAAGGGCAACUGGAAUGUCACUGAGUAAUGAUGCAUUUGUUCAGGGCAACUUUGCUCAAAUUAUUGCUGCAGAGAGUUUCCUUGAUAAGAAGUUGUCAUCAACACCAUCUGAAGAUGUGGUUCCAUUCCAAACUCCUAGCCAUAAGGAUACAAAACACUCUGGCACAGUGCAAAAGAUGAGUUGCACUCAGUAUCGGGCAGCAAGCCAUUUGAUUGGAGUGUCUCCAUUAGCAGAUGCUGUUUUAGAGAAAAAAGAACUAGUUAGCACAGAUAGCACAGAACAAGUAUCCCUCUUAUUUCAUGACACCCAUGGAGCAAAUCAGAUAAAACAACGGAUACUUGGUUUCAACAAUGAAACUGUUGCAAUACAAGGGACAAUUACUGCUGACAAGGAAAGGACACUGAAAGAGGUCAUGUCUGAGAACAAGGUCUAUGUUGAGUUGAGUCCUGACAAGAAGAGUGUGGUCGUAGUCUCUGAGGAAUGGAAUGAACUAUCAGCAGCAAAAAAAAAAGUUCAGGUAAAAUUUGGACAGGUAAAACCAUCAAGUAGAGCCAAACGAACAUUUGCUGAAAACCCUAGUACGCCACGCCCAGCGAUAAACAAUCCGCUUGAACCUUCAUCUACACCAGAGCAAAGGAUAGAUAAACAAGAUGAUCAAGUCUUCAAAUUAGGUUGUAUCAGUGUCCUUGUUUAUGCAGCAGAUAUAACUAAGCUGAGUGUUGAUGCCAUUGUCAAUGCUGCAAACAAACAUCUGAGUCAUGGAAGUGGAGUUGCCAGAGCUAUACUUGAUGCUGCUGGGAAUGCUUUAGAUGAUGAAGGAAGACAGUAUGUUCAUAAAAAUGGCCCAAUCCCUGUAUCUGGUGUAGUGAGAACAACUGCAGGCAGAAUGCCCUGUAGAAUGGUUCUUCAUGCAGUGGGUCCAGCGUGGCACGACUAUCAGGAAUUUGAAAAGAAAAGGUGUCAAGAUGACCUGUUUAGAACCAUCCUGCGAUGCCUUAUUAAAGCUAAUAAUGCAAAGGGUGGGACAGUGGCGAUACCAGCAAUAAGUUCAGGUAUAUUUCGUGUACCAAAAGAAAAAUGCUGUGAUGCAUACGUGAGAGCAACUAAACUAUUUUCACAGUGGACUGGCAGCCAGUUAUGCUUGAAAGAAGUUCAUUUCGUUGAUAAGAGUGAAAGUAUGCUGAAAAUGAUAGCCUCAACAUUUUCAGAAUCCAUGCAUUCAACUAUCUCUCCAACACCUGAGGAGGAAAGAUUUAUGAAUGAGAACAUGAAACAAGGAGUUCGUCAACGUAGUAGAAGUAGAGGCAGACAUGCUUCAUCUACCCGCCAUGGAGGUCAAACAACAAAUACAGUCAGAGAACCUGAUACUGUUUCAACUGCAACAGCAUCUUACACAUACAGUGUUGAAGGAAAAGGAGUGGUUAAGUUGUAUACAGGAGAUAUAGUGAAAGCCAGUGUUCAUGCUCUUGUCACCUGGGAAGACUCACAGGUCAAGCCAUGUACCAGUGCUUCUGCAGCUAUCACCAAAGCAACAGGAGACAUACAACUAUUCAGUAGGGACAGAGAUUUGUUGUGUGUUUCUAGUUCUCAUGCAGGAAAUAUGAAUGAUAAAAAACAUAUUAUUCAUGCCAUCGUGCCUGUUGAUUCCCUCUCACUGGGUGAUCUACAAGAACUUUUUAAAAGAGUACUGAAAACAUCAGAUGGAAAUGGUGAUUCAGCAGCACUUACCCCAUUGACAACCGGCAAAGUUAACCUUGAAGGUUUUGCCAAGACAUUCUGUAACGUUACCACAGAAACUAUGAAGGAAUUGAAAUUACCUGAAAUCCACAUGAUUGAUAUAAAUCCAAAGGUAAUAGCAAGUCUGAAGAAAAUAUUUGAUUCUUGUCUCACCCUGGAAUCACAAGAGGAGACUAUGGACAUAGAUGUUGCUGGAGCUACUGGAGGGGAAAAAGAGUGUUCAAUCUGCAAGGACACCUGCACAGAUCCCAAAAUGCUAGAGUGUGGGCACAGGUUCUGCAGUGGAUGUAUUGAUCACUACUUCAACAAUUACAAGCCUGUGUGUCCAAAUUGUGGUGCCAUUUAUGGGCCAGUGUCAGGAACCAUGCCAAAAGGUUCAAUGAGAAUCAAUGUGAACAAUUACAAUCAUCUCAUGGGACAUCCACAUGAUGCAACGAUUUGUAUCACAUACAACAUUCCAAAUGGAAUUCAAACAGAUGAACACCCCAACCCAGGCAAACCAUAUACUGGAGCGUUUUGGACUGCCUAUCUACCAGAUUCAAUGGAAGGGCGAAAAGUUCUUCGUCUGUUGAAGGUGGCAUUUGACAGACGCUUGACAUUUACUGUCGGCAGAUCUGUGACAACUGGUGUGGAGAAUAAAGUUACAUGGAAUGAUAUCCAUCACAAGACAUCAUAUUUUGGAAAUUAUGGCUACCCGGACCCAGAGUACCUGAAGAGAGUCCAGGAGGAGCUUGCUGCUAAAGGGGUGACUGAGGCGGACAUUAAGUGGAGCACACCAGUGUGAGGGUUCUACGUACCCUUUACAAUGAGAUUUCUCAUCAUUUUCAACAAGUGUUCAGUGUGGGAAGCCAAUUUACAUACCAUGAUGUUGCAACUGUGUUGCCAAUAGAAGCAUAAAAGUUAUCUUUGUUAUUCACUCUUUCAUUUGAGAUGUCUAUAUCAGAGCAAUUACCACUGUUGACAUUAUACAUGUAGCUGCACAGUCUGUUGCAGGUCCCUGAACUUAAAUCCCUUAUCUUAGUACCUAAUUAUUUCCAAAAUAGGUGGACAGGUAUCCCACAGUGUGUUGUUGGAUAUCAUGUGGAAAAAUGGUGUUCCCUACCAAGAUAUUAUGUGUAACUUCCCUAGAAUAUAUUCUGUGUAUAGACAUGUACUACAAAUUGUAUUCCAAUGUUGCUUAUGUAUGAUAGCUAAAUUAUGUUAUAUAGUUUCUACUUAGACAUGAUGACCUUGUUUUGUGUUGCACCAAUCAUCACAUCACACCUACAGGAAUGGAACUUAUGAGUGUUUUUACUGUUUUAUUGGGCAACUUUAAAAGUCAUCAGACCUUAUUCAAAAUAUAUGCCCAAUCCUUGCAAAACAUGAUUUAUUUCACAAUGUGUUGAUGGAUAUGGAAUUUUAUCUUAUCAGUGUCACAUGUUUACAUGCAUUAGUUUCAAGAUAACAGGUUUAGAAAGUCACCACUUGUGUUAAUGUUGACCUUUAUGUGUGAUGUUCUAAUGAAAAAAUACUUUCUAAGUAACUAUCAUGGUUAUAUUGUGGGUACAUUAUGCUAUGCCUUAACAAAACAGUCUGUAUUCCAUGUAUGUGUAACUUAAAAUCUAACAUUUGUAAAUAACAGUUCUGCUAAAAAAUACUGUGUAGAGUUUAGAGCGUAGGAUAACCCAUUGUCAGUAAUUAUACAGCAUUUAUGUAUUGCCAUUGUUUAAGAAACACUUGAAUUUUAUUCAGCCCAUUCUUGUUGUCUCCUACCAUUGUAUGGCUGCCAUAAUGCUACAAGCAGGGUUCAUGGUUGUGGAAAAAUAAUAUUUUUGUAACAGUAAUAUUAUUUCUUGUGAUAUAUCAGUCACAGAAAAUAAAUCAAUUCAACUGGCCUUUUCCAGGUUAUUCUAAGUUAACACUUCUCAAUACUGAAUUGACUGUUUAUACAUGGUGUAGUACUGCAAUUGCUAGUAGUGGUUUCAUAGAAAUGUCUGGACUUCUAUUACAAUGCAAUAUUUUAUUGAUAUAAGAUCACAGAAAACUAGCAGAAUACCUUAAAAAAGUCGAGGAAAUAUGUCAUGCUAAUAGUAUAUGAGUCUUGUUAACAAGAGCUGUACCACAGCUCACUUUCACUAAUCUCUACCCAGUCGUGACCCAGGUCAGCAUCAAUCCCUAGAACACUUAAAGUGGAGCAAUGAGUCAGGCUCAGUUUCAUGGCUAAUUCUGUAACCAGACAGAGAUGGAUUCUUCUGACUUGGUUGAUUCAUGUCAUCGUAUCCCAAUUGCGUGGAUGCUCAUGAUAUCAAUCACUGGACUGUCUGGUCCAGACUCGAUUAUUUACAUUUUGUUAGUCACUAUUUGCCUGUCUUACACUAGAUUAUUUACACCCCACGUAAUACACAGCUGGCAUAUUGCUGACAUAUUUAUAUGUAUGUGAAGUAGAUAUGGUAUCAUUUUAUGUUUUAGCCAGUGUAAAUAUUUACAGAAAACAGCUUUCUUACACAUGUAUCAUACUUUCUUCAAUUGUACAUUUUGUCAAGAGUCAACAGAUUCCUACAUAUAUUUAGAAAAUAUAUUUGCUGUGUGUACACAAUGUUCUUCCAUACGCCAUGGUGAUAUCUCUUGUUUGUGCUUCAAGUGUCAGAGAUAAGGAAGUUGUCUUGGCCAUUUGACAGACAUGAGUAUAUGCUGAGUUGCAUGUCCAUUUUUCCAGGUCGUGUUUCCAAGUUUGUGUUUGUACUUCUUUUUUCUUUGUACAUAGUUGUACAUAGAGACAAUUGAUGAGUAAGGUCAUUUCAUUAGAACUCCAGUAUGUAGUUAUGAUACAUUCAUUGUUUCCUUAGUUUGGAUUUUAUCUUUACCUUUUAAUCGUCGUUACUGAUUUUGGUAUGCAAAGUUAAAGAUGAUGAAUUUGUGAAACUACUGGAUGGCAAACUGAUUUCUGUCCAUCACAUGGAGGACAUGCAUGUCCUAUCAUUGCUUCGAUCAGUGAAAAUUCCUUUAACAAGCCUUCUAAGUUUGAAGAGUUCAAUAAGAUAGCAUUUAGACAAAUUGCAUGAAAACAGGUACCUGUAAAUAGUUGACAGAGAUGUUCUUUAGUUUGAAACCUGAACAACAUAUUAUUGCAUAACAUUCUGGAUUUGAUUAACAACUACAUAUACCGUGUGUCGAGCCUGUGUAGUGUGUUGUGACCAGUGUGCAGCAGCUGUAACAUGUGUUAUGAAUUAGUACUUUUUGUGUGGUCAUGUAAUUAUAUUUUAUUCAUAGGUAGUUGUCCCCAUAAGUGAUACCUACAGGAAGAAAUGGAACCCAAAACUUGAACUACAAAACAAGUUAUGUGGACAGAAAGAUGUCAUUUUCGGGUCCUCACCAAAUGUCAGAAUGACUUGAAGUGUGUUUGGCCAUAUGUAAAUAAAGCUUAGUAAAUAAGGGGUAAGAUAGAAUUUAUGCAUUGUUUGUAAAUAUUCAUGGUAAAUAUAAUAUUAAUGUUAAAAAUGCAUAGCCAAACAAUUAUAACCUUGUAGUGAAUGGAACUGGUUUAAAGUUUAUUAUCUUUGUUUUCAACUGAUCAUUAAUUGAUUAUAAUCAAUUAGUGCAUUUAAUGUGUGUGAUUGUAUGAUGAUUUCAUUUGCAGAAAAACCUCAAUUCCUCAACUUAUCUGAACUUAAGAGUAUUUUGUCUGAUACUGUUGUUGCUAAAUUGAAUUGCAUUUGAAUAAAACCUUAAAAAUUUAAUCUUUUAGCAUUUUUGCAACAAUCCAUUUAGCAAUGUUGUUCUUAUUGUCAAUGUUUUGAUAUCAAAUAUAUCAAGAUCAGUAGUUAAAAGUUAAAAACUCUAGGCCUUGCCAAGUAUUGAUGUAUUCGAUAUAAAAAAAGCAGAAGCAUGAGAUUCUAUUUAUCAUCCAAAUUCAUUCUUCCAUCUGUUUCAGUUAGUAGACAGUAGUAACUAGUGUCUUGAGUGUACAAAAUGUAAGUAACCAGCUUCGGUGUCUGUACAAAAUAUAUUGUAGUGAUAGUAAAAGCUGUUUUGUUAUGAUAAGAUGUAUUUUGUACCAAUAAGAUAUUUGGUAAUGUAUUCAAUUAUUGUAUCAUGUGAACGUUGUUGGGUUUUUUAAAGUGACGCCUGUGAGUUUCUUUUGUAAAACAAAAACAUGCCUCUUUGUAAGAUGAGAGCUUGAGCUGAAUGUUGUAUUUAUCAUUCUGGCAGUUGAAUUCUUAUAGAGCUGUCCUUUUGUACCAAUUUCAAUGUUUGUUAUAUUUACUAAUGUACUGGAAAGUUUUUUUAUUAUUCCAAUUAUUUCAGUUAUUUAAAUACUGAAGAAAGCGUUGACUUAUGGAUUUCAAUGCAACAUUUCUCACAGAUACUUAUAUAUUUUAGCAUGUGGUAAAGGUUCUAACAUCUGAAAAAUGAAGAAGUUUAUAAAUCCACAAGUCAAUUCUGUCUUCAUUGAUACUCGAGCUUCUUAAAGAUAUUGUACUGAAAUAAUGAAUUCACAACUUUCAGUGUAUGGACCAAUGUGAUUAACCACUUUCUUAUUAUAAGCCUGUUAUCCACACUUACAUUAGUUAUGUUGUGAUUUGGAAAAAGACCUCAGUUCGGCUUUUUAAUGUGAAGAUUAGUUCACUAUUGAUACAUUGUAUUGUUAUCUUUCCAUUAUUUAGUUAUUAGCUACUGUGAUAUCAUUUAGGAUGUCUGCUGGUCUAUAUUCAAAAUAUUUAACAUUUCAUAAUAUUGGUGUUUUUGGAAUCUGGAUGAUGUAAUCUAACUUUACAAUUGAAAUUUGAAUUAAUUCACAUUUUGUUUGAUAUGUUAUGCCAUAUUUUUGACGAUUUCACUUUAAAUGUAUGAUUCUAACCUGCAUCGUUUGGGCUUUCUUAUUUUUUAUAGAAUAACUUAAAGCAUGUUGUAAAAGGAUUCCCGAUUUCAGUUUUGGUUGGCAGUAAACUUAUUCCAGCAUUCAUCCUUAAUUUAUUUAAAGUUGUUAUGAUUAAUAAUAUACUAUUUGAUUUUGUUUAUUGAGUAUAACCAACCUCAUAUUUGUAUGAAGACUCAUAUUAUCUGAUCAAAUAUAUAUUUCUGAAACCACAACCAAAACGGUUCCGUAGUGCUCUGACUCUAUAAUGGGCAUCCAUAUAUCUUUUCCACAAUAGUGAUAUAUUCUGUAACUUUCUUCUUCACAUAAAUGUUUGCCUAAGUGAAAUUUUGGAUUUUUUAAGAAGUGAUCUAAAUUUGAAACUGCUGACUCAAACUGAACAACUCAUCACAAGGUUGAUAUGCUGCUAUCGUACUUGCGAAAUAUCAAUGAUGCUAAAAUCUAUUUUGUACCAAUGUUACUGACACGAAUAUUUGUUUGUUACUAAUGUAUAACCAGCAAAGGACUACAUACCUUGACUUGCUUGUGUGGAGUAUUGUUUUGUUUCUAAUUCAAUUGGUCAAUAGUUUAUCGGUUUUUGCAAUGUCAUUUAACAGUUUUUCCUAUUAAACAGCAGCAUAAGUGCUCUCACAAUACGAUUGUUUGAUAAUAAUUUCUAAAUUGUUUGUGUUCAUCAGGUAGGACCUACUUCGGGAUUUAAUUGGAAUUGGUUGAGAAAAGAUCCAUUGUUUUGAUUUCCAGUUGGAUUAUAUGGCUUGAUGUAGAGGCCCCUCUUGUUGGCCUCUUAAACAAUUCACACCUCCAGAAGUGUUUGAAAAUAAGAAAGAUCAAGCUGAACCCAAAUUAUUCAGUAUUUUGUUGAUUUGAAGAAAAAAUCAUAUAAAACAAGUUCCAUGUAAAAGAUAGAGGAUGAGUGAUGGCACUUUAUUGGGAUGUAAAGGCACAGUUGCAAGAAGAAAGAGUUAGGCAAAGCACAGCGAAAUGCUUGAGUUUCACUUAUGCAUUGCAGCAGGAAUUUUGAAUCAUGAUUUGUCUCACCAAGUACCAAGCCACACAAUGGUAGUGACACAACCCUUUGGUUGUACUUUCAAUUGAUUCGGUGCUUGGCACUUAGUUCAGUCAGGAGCAAAUGUGUUCCAGAUAAAAUAUGACAAAACUGUGAAAGCAGAACCUUCUAGAACCAAAUAGGUAGACUGGGCAUAUGAUCCCCAAGGAUAGGAGAAUGCAAAUAAAUUUAUAUGGAUCAGUUAGCUGGAGAACUGUUGUGUGGAAUGAGGACAGUACAAAUGUUCAUAUGAUUAUUAGGAAAGACAAUAACACUUUUCAUACAAACAUAGUCUAUAUCCAAUAUUGACUACAAUUUGCCCGUAAUAUAACUUUGUGAUAUUCCAUAUUAGUUUUCAGAUUUAGUCAUGUAGAUGAUAUUAUUUGAGGUUGAAAUAUUCUCUAUAAUGUAAUUGAACUGUAAUGGUAUUAUGAUGAUUUUCAUAUACAUACAAUAAUAUAUUGGUGAUACAAGAAGAUAUAUAUGUAUUGUGCAAAUGGCCUUAUCCCUCUGGAAAUAUUUUAUUUAGCUAUAACAUAUCUUCUAUGUCUGAAAUAAUUCAUGAAGUAUCUGUUUUGAACAAGAAUACAGUAAAGAUUCAAUAUUUCUGUAAAAAGUUGGUAUGUAUUGAUCACAGAGGGAUGAGGUGAUUUUACCGCGUAUUUAGUAUUCAGAUUUUUUUUUCUGGUGUGCGGUUUGCUUAAAUUAUAACUUAGUUAGGAAAAUGUCAAUCUUACAUUCGUGGAAUAUGCUUACCAGGACGUAUGUGAUCUUUAACUAAGUAAGUCACAUCUGAACUCAUAAAAGCGGUCUCUACGUGCAUCUGUGCUGUACUCCUAAGAAGGGACUAUUGUCUUGUAAACCAUCUGAAGAAGUUUGUUUUGUGAGGUUGUUACAUUUUCCUCUGCUUUGCUUGAAUAAAAUUUAAAGAAACGGA